AUGUCCUUCAGCCUGCUUCUUGGAAUCCAAGUGCUGUCACGAAAGCUGCAAGGCAGUCUGUUUAGUUCAACGUGCCCUUUCUGUUUUUUAAGGAAAGAAGGAUUAUCCAAAUGUGGAAGAUGCAAGCAGGCAUUUUACUGCAAUGUGGAAUGUCAGAAAGAAGAUUGGCCCAUGCACAAGCUGGAAUGUUCUGCCAUGGUUGUUUUUGGGGAAAACUGGAAUCCCUCAGAGACUGUAAGACUAACAGCAAGGAUUCUGGCCAAACAGAAAAUCCACCCAGAGAGAACAUCUUCAGAAAAAUUGUUAGCUGUGAAGGAGUUUGAAUCACAUCUGGAGAAGUUAGACAAUGAGAAGAAGGAUUUGAUUCAAAGUGACAUUAGUGCUCUCCAUCACUUUUACUCCAAGCACCUCGAAUUCCCUGACAAUGAUAGCCUGGUAGUACUCUUUGCACAGGUCAACUGUAAUGGCUUCACAAUUGAAGAUGAAGAACUUUCUCAUUUGGGAUCUGCAAUAUUUCCUGAUGUUGCACUGAUGAACCAUAGCUGUUGCCCCAAUGUCAUUGUGACCUACAAAGGGACGCUAGCGGAAGUCAGAGCUGUACAGGAGAUCAGCCCAGGAGAGGAGGUUUUUACCAGCUAUAUUGAUCUCCUGUACCCAACAGAAGAUAGGAACGACCGGUUAAGAGAUUCUUACUUCUUUACCUGCGAGUGCCAGGAGUGCACCACCAAAGACAAGGAUAAGGCCAAGGUGGAAAUCCGGAAGCUCAACAAUCCCCCAAAGGCAGAAGCCAUCCGUGACAUGGUCAGAUAUGCACGCAACGUCAUCGAGGAGUUCCGGAGGGCCAAGCACUAUAAAUCCCCUAGUGAACUGCUAGAGAUCUGUGAACUCAGCCAGGAGAAGAUGAGCUCCGUGUUCGAGGACAGUAACGUGUACAUGUUGCACAUGAUGUACCAGGCCAUGGGUGUCUGCUUGUACAUGCAGGAUUGGGAAGGAGCCCUGCGAUACGGACAGAAAAUCAUUAAGCCUUACAGUAAGCAUUAUCCUCUGUACUCCCUCAACGUGGCUUCCAUGUGGUUGAAACUGGGAAGGUUGUACAUGGGCCUGGAACACAAAGCCGCAGGAGAGAAAGCCCUGAAGAAGGCCAUUGCGAUCAUGGAAGUGGCGCACGGCAAAGACCAUCCAUAUGUUUCUGAGAUCAAACAGGAAAUUGAAAGCCACUGAAACUAUGCAGCAUUUGUUUUCAUUUUAAUACUUAGUUCCGAAACCUUAAAGGAUUUGCGUAUUUCAAAUCACAUGCAUCACUCCAGCAUUUCUGUCAAGCAGUUGGAAUGGAAACACUUCUUGCACUUGAACCUUGUACAUGCCAUACUUUGAGGCUACUCUUCAUCUUGAACUUUAAUAUCAAAUUAACUUUGAAUGCUUUUUUUUCUGAGAGAUAAUGGCAUGGUUUCAUAUAUUAUAAUACAUUUUGGGCAGAUUGAGUUUUAAAAACUCAAAUUAUUUUUCCCUUCUGGAAUGUUGUAAAUGAGCUUGAAUGACGAAGAAAAUAAAAGAGAUAAGAGUA